ACGUUUCUAAAUUUCAAAGAGUUACGAUCACAGAAACAUUCUCAUUAUCAUACAGUGAAAUUGUGAAAAUCUGUUCUGUGCUCUUACCUUCAUGAAGAAAUGAGCGAAAGCACAACUGUUUGCGAUCAAUAUCCAUUGCAUAGGGCUGUGUUUGAAGGAAACCUCAGGAAAGUUUCAAGUCUUUUGCAUGAUCAUGAUAUCGAUGAAAGGGACAGUCAUGGAAAUACUCCUUUGCACUUAGCAGUUAUGCUUGGCCACAAAGAAUGUGUUUAUUUACUUCUUGAAAAAAAUGCUACAAUCAAAGUGAAAAAUGCUUCAGGUUGGAGUCCACUAGCAGAGGCAAUAAGUUGGGGAAGCAGAUCUAUAGUUAAAGCAGUCUUGAGAAAAAUGAAAGAACAGAACCAGCAUAACAUUGAAAGAAAUCGACCAAAACUUAUGAAAGCAUUACACGGGCUUGGUGAUUUUUAUGUUGAACUUAAAUGGGAUUUUACAAGUUGGAUUCCACUAGUGUCCAGGAUAUUGCCAUCAGACACGUGUAAAAUUUCUAAGAAAGGAUGUUGCAUAAGAUUAGAUAGCACACUCAUUGACUUUGCUGACAUGAAAUGGCAACGUGGUGACAUCAGUAUAAUUUUCAAUGGAGAUGCAGAAGGUACUAAGUCAUUUGCCAUAUUAGAUAAUGAGAAGAAGGUCUUUCAGAGAAUGCAAGAUGAGGACAGUGAUGCUGAAGUUGAUGAAGAAGUAGACUUACUAAUGAGCUGUGACAUAGUAUCAGCAAUGAUGUCAACAAAACCAAUAACUUUCUCUCGUUCACAAGAUGGUUGGUUUUUCAAAGAAGACAAAAUUGAAAAUGUUGGAUCAUAUGUAGCAAAUGUUUAUGAUGUAAAUGGAAUGACAUUAAUUACAAAAAAAAGAAGGGAACAUCUUUCAAAGGAAGAUAUUGUAAAAAAUAAGGCUGUUGUUGAAAGUAUUAGUAAGGGAACAUCAACGGUGGAGAGUAUACCUGAGGUGAAACGUAAGAAGUCUUUAUCAGCCCCAGCUGUUGAACGCUGUUCAUGGGAAAAGUAUAUCGACAGUGAGACGAUAAACAUGCCAACUUUAGGACGUAAAACAAUAUUUAAAGAAGAAAAGAAGACGAUGAAGGCCACUGUUGCCAUGAACGAAGGCUUUCCUCUUAAACUAGAACCUUUGUUAAAUGUCCUCGAAGUUAUCGCCCCUUUUAAACAUUUUGAUAAAUUGAAAGACUUUGUGUCACUGAAGUUACCGCCUGGUUUCCCAGUCCGUGUUGAAAUUCCUGUCCUGCCAACGAUUGUCGCAAGAAUUACGUUUCAAAAAUUUGAGGCCGAGGUGAAGAUUCCCGAUUCGAAAUUCCUCAUUCCCAAAGAUUUUAAGGAAGAUCCAUGUCGCUUUCCAGAUUUAUAGAUGUUUUUACUAUAAUUUUGAAAUGGUGCAGCAUACAAAAAGGCAUAAUAUCCUUUGAGUGAUAUCAUUUCUUGGUGCAUCAGGAAUGCACGUGAAUGCACAGUUCACAAGGGUGUUGUGUGAAAAAAACUUCAAAAUAAUUUGACAAUAUGUACGGCAUACAUAGCUAGCUCAUUUUUUCAUGUUUGUAUUUUUGUCUGGGAAAAUUUAGAUAUUGCAAAUGCAGAUUUAUCAAAUAAAUAUCACUAUGUGCAUGUUAUUAAUUAACAAUAGAUUCAAAUGCAUAUUAUACAUAACUAUACGUAUAUGUAAGUUAAUGAAAUGAUUAAAAUAACUCGACGUUAUGAUUUACAAA